CCCGCCCACCGGUCUCCAGCGCCGAGAGGAGCGGCUCCGGACCUUUAGACUCUGCACACACAGCCCCCGGGAGAUGCAGCCUCUGCCGCCCGGGGACCUGUCCCAGCUGGAGCUGGUGGGCAGCGGGGGCUUCGGGGUGGUCUACAGGGGGCGCAGCACCAAGCUGGGGAUGGACAUCGCCUUGAAGAACACUCUGAGAGACAGCGCUGCUGAUUCAGAAAGCCUCAUGAAAGAGAAAGAGAUGAUGUCCCGAGCAAAUUACACCUAUGUUCUUCGUCUGCUUGGCUUAUACGAGGCAGAAGGGAGAAAACAUUCUAAAUAUGGCCUGGUCAUGGAGUACAUGCCCUACGGUUCAGUUUGGACUCUUUUUGAACACAUUAAACAUGUACCAUGGGCAGUGAGGUUUCAGAUUCUUCACCAAGUGGCGUUGGGUAUGAAUUAUCUUCACCAUGUUCUGGAACCGCCAAUCAUCCAUCGUGAUCUGAAGCCCCAUAAUGUCUUAUUAAACAAGUCCUUAGAUGUUCAGCUAACAGAUUUUGGCCUUGCUAAACAUGAAGCGUCCAUCUCAAUGAGUCAGUCUAUAGUGGGCACUGUGGCCUACAUUCCGCCCGAAGCCUUCGUGUCUGUCACUUACAAGCCUACAAAAGAGUUUGAUGUUUACAGUUUUGCAAUCUUGACCUGGGUGGUGUUGUCUGGUCAGGAGCCAUAUGAAAAUGUAAACAUAGAAUUGAUAAAGGUGCUUAUUCCGCAAAACCAGAAACAUAGACCUGAUUUGAACCUGGUCAGCAAGUGGACAUCUCAGAAAAUGGUUCCUGAAGCUAUACAGCUGAUGCAGGAGUGUUGGGAUGCCGAUCCUGGUAAAAGGCCCAGCUUUUAUGCCAUUAAUGGAAGAACCAAUGAGAUGAACGCUGCCUACGCUGGUGAGAUUCACAAUGAAGUUGUUAGGGUUUUGGAUGAACUCAAAAAACAUAAGUCUUCACAUUCUCAGACUUUGGACAACCCAGAUUGUAGGCCGAGGUCAAAUCCUGAGCCUUGCAUCCCAGACAGCGCUACCAUCAGUGUAAGUAUUUUCAGAGACAUUCUACAUGAAGACGAAAAUGGAGCAGCCAACAUUCCUGAUAGACCUGCUUCCACAGAGACCUCCAGUCCAGACAUUGCAGAUGCAGCAGGUUUCUUACAAUCAAACUUUGCACAGAUUGUUCAAGCCAAACCCGACCUGAGUGAAAUAUUAGAUGUCCUCUUCUCCAAAAGAACAUUGACACAAGAGGAACUAAACUUCAUAACCGUCGGCUCCGUCCAGGAACAGAUCAGGAAGACGUUACUCAUGAACAUCAACAAGGGUCAGGAGAGCUGUAGGGAGUUUCUCCAGCUCAUGAACCAUUACCAUGAAGGAUUGAUGAGAUCACUGAAACAAGGCGUGAUUUGAAGAAUUGUUGGAGUUGGUAUUCCAGAUAUGAUGCCAUUAAAUGGGCAUUCCCAUCCUAAAUAUUCCCAACUGUGGGACACGCACCUUCCUCUAGACUGUAGAAUGGAGUCACUCGUAUCCGCCCGGCCUGGAUGCAGCAGUCAGAGGCGUUUGGACUUACUGAAGCAGCCCCAUUCAUCUAUUUGGGUCUGACCACUUUUGGCUGCUGCAUGCAGGUGGGGCGAGGUUGGGAGACCCCCAAACAUAGAUGGGAAAUUUCCUGUAGGAUAAACAAUCAUGUGAAUAAGCUUUUCUUAAACCAGUCAGUGUUUUAUAUUACAUAGAAUGAAAAAAGGCACAGGUUAAUAAAGUUAACCCAUUGUUAUAUAUCUUUCAGUGCUUAAAGGGCACCUAUCAACAGGAUCAAACUUAAUGAACUAGUAGGGUUCACGCUGCUGA